AUGCUGCUGGAGCUCGCGGAUGAAUGUAAACAACACAUUUGGGAGUUCAUGGACGUACAGGAGCUUUGUCGAGUGGCGUGUGUGGCUCGUAACGCUGAACAGGGAGUUUGUUUAGGCCCAAUAUGGCAGAAACGCGCUCGCACACUGCUGUCCAAAGGCCAGGAAGCGCUGGACACCGACACAGGCGUGUUGAGCUGCCGGUUGCAACGCCACAAUGCGAACACGCAUUUGACUCUUGGAAGAUUUAGUUUUAGUAAUACGCGCUUUGCUCAAGCGAUGAGCUCUUUGCAAGACUUAAAAAGGGAACGAUCUCAGCUUAAAGAGGCGAUGCAGAGUGUCAAAGCCUCUUCUCAUGCAGACAAACGCACGCGUCGACUUCAGAUGAAUUGUGUCAAGUGGAUGAAUCGAACGCACAGACGACAAGCUGCAGCGUCGCAGUCGAUACAAGCGCAGAAUGCCGCGCUGUCAAAGGCGGAGCUGGCUUCGAGACUGCAACAAGUGGAAAAUAUGAUCCAAACGACGGCGCAGGAACAAUUCGGACUGCGAAAACGAGCGAUGAAAAGUUUGCACAAAUUUAACACGCAACUGGCUACUGGAUCGAACCUAUUUUAUGAUUUAGGUGCCUUACAAUUCGUCGCUUAA